AUGGAGGAUGGAAACAACUCCAAUAAGAGGAAAGGAGACGGCGAGCAGGAGGGAAGAAAAAGCGGUUGCAAGAGGCAGAAUGUGAGCACGGUGAUGGAGGUAUUCGACUGCACCGUCUGCUCCAAGCCCCUGAGGCCUCCCAUUUUCCAGUGUCCCAAGGGAAACUCCAUCUGCCGGCAUUGCCAGGAGAGACUCCCGUUAUUCGAACGGAUCCCCGUCCAGCGCUGCUACAUCAUGGAGCGCGUCGUCGACAACAUCUUCGUUCCCUGCAAACACGGAUGCUCCACGACGAUCGCUUACUACCAGAAGGAAAAGCACGAGAGGCAGUGCCCUUGUGGCCCGUGCUUGUGCCCGGUCUCCGGCUGUGGCUUCGUCGCGCCAAUCAGGAGUCAAGGUGGGAAAUGGGACCCGAUGGGGUACCAAACAAGCAAUGCUUGUGCAUCGUGCCUGGUAAAGAAACCGAUGUCGUGGCCACCAUCACAAUAG